CGUAAUAUAGUAUAAUAUGUCCUCGGACGGUUUAGUUGCAAAAUCGGGUCUAAAAUCGGGUGGGCAGGCAAAAUCGGGUGGGGUGACCCGAUUUUAGACCCGAUUUUAGACCCGAUUUUGGCGCAACUAAAACCCACUAGUAUAUCAGGAAAAGUUCCUUGAACUCCAGUACGUGUACGACAAGGAAGUUACGAUACAUCGCGUGUACGAAAGCGUAAUGGCGUUGAAGUCGCGUCUCGAGCCUUGUUCCCAAACGAACGCACUGCCGUUGCCGCAUCCCAUACAUAAAUUUACGUUGAUGAGGCCGGGGAAAAUAAGUUUGAUAUGUGGAAAAACGACGAAGAUCAAGAGCUUGAUCGAAUCACAGAUGACAGCCAAUUACAUCCCGACGUCCGCGCAAUGAAAUUUGGGAUGCUCCAAGAUUUACGUACGCGUUGCGAAGAAAACUCCGACCUUGUACCAACUCUGAACUUGAAGGGCAAGGUUCAGAUGUGCACAGACAACCAGUUGGUCGCUACGUGGCUGACGCCGCGCGGUAAUAGUAAAUUCCGGCCAAGAAAAGUUACUGAUGAGGCAUCCAGCGAAGACCGAAAGAAGUUCGCGAAGCACGCGUCCGAAGAGUACGUCGAGCGAGCGGAAAAGACCUUAAAAACUCUCCUCAAGAAAGUCGUCGAGAGUCAACACGCCAAAGACCAAGAGAAAUCUCAACGUGAGUCACGCGUCUCCUCGGUGAAAAAAGAUGCGUCAUCGACUGACGAGCCGGCCUUCAAGAAACAAAAACUCGACCCGACGUCAACGUAUGGCGAUACGGACUCAGACGAGGAAGAUGCUUGCGAUGUAGUUCACACGGAGCGAGCGGACAUCGAGCAGAGGUUGGCCGCCGCUCAUACGGAAAUGGAAAGAUUCAAGGCGCACGCGUUCAAUCGUCAAGUCAAGGAUGAGACGAGAACCUCUGAAGGACUCCUAAGCUGGUGGCAAGUCGAGGGAAUAGCGUUUCCACUUUUGCGAGAAGUCGCACGAAACAUAUUCAGCUUGCCCGCGUCAAGCGCUUCUUCAGAACGUGCUUUUAGCGCCGCGGGGCAAGUAGUAACGCACAAGCGAAAGAUGCUCGACAAAGCAAGAGUGAACAAGCUUAUGGUCGUCAAACGAAAUGCGAACUUCGUGACGAAGGCAGAAGUACUGAAAUGUAUACCUUGAAAAGUGAAUGCGUUGUGCGUUUGUUCGCUAAAAGCCGCUAAAAGCCGCUAUGUCGUGCGUUUGAUCUAUCGUCAACGUGAACUUUGUGAUGAGCUUUCGGUGUCACGAACGCGUUGAUCACGGAAACGAGUUAAACUAUGUUUGAUAUACUGUAUGUUUGUUUGUCAUUUUUGUGUUUGAAUUAUUGAUAUGAUAAGAAAAGAAUAAGGAAACUAUUCAAACG